AUGUCGACCAUCCAAAAUAUACAUUCGCUCACCACACAAAUCCUCCACCGGCCACCAAGCUGCCUCGAAUUCUGCCCCGACGACCCAGAUUAUUUCAUCAUAGGCACCUAUCUUCUUCACGAAGAAACCGAUGAUGAAAGCCCUCAGAUCAAGCAAAGAAAAACAGGCAGUUUGCAGCUGUGGCAUCUGGAUGCGGCGAACCAUGAGUUAAAGCAAAAACAACUUCUGCCUCUCCCAUAUGCAGUCUUUGACUUGCACUUUCAUCCCCAACAACCGACUGUGCUGGGUAUAGCUGGAAGCGAUGGAUCCGUCUCUCUGUAUCGCGUUCUUCAAACCCAAGAAGAACCGCAGAUCCGACUGAUCUGGACGAGAAAAGUCCACGAGGAAGAAAAUAUCCCCGCGCUUUUCUUGGCCUGGACACCUCGGCACUGGUUCCAGCACUCGGCUAUGAGAGAUGGAUUCGCUGUUACGUUUUCCGACGGAAGAAUGUCUGUUUUUGCUACUUCUUCUUCUUCUUCUUCUUCUUCUCGAGACAAAGAUAUAACAGAGGGCGAUGGCUCAGACCUGAUCGAGACUAACUUUCAGCCGCGAGAGAGAAUCGAGACUUGGUUUGUAGCGCUGGCUGAUUAUACUACUACUGCUACUACUACUACUACCCAGCCAGAAGAAGCAAACAAUUCGGUUGCAUAUAGCUUCACAGGCAAUGACUUUGGCUCCCUGAACGUCCGCCAAUUCACAUCUCCAGACGAUGACUCGGCAGAGGAAGACGUCCUGCUAGAGGAACUGCAAGUAUCAAACACAGACGACCGGGCACGCCACCAUACAGCUGGCGUUACAUCUAUUCUACCACUCCCCAUACCCCUGGUUCAAAACGCACCGGUCCUGCUGACAGGAAGCUACGAUGAAUACCUGCGAGUCUACCAUGCAACUGCACGAGGUGCAGUCCUCGCCGAAGCGCAGUUGGGAGGCGGUGUCUGGCGGCUACAGAUCAUGCAUACAGACAAAAACGAACGGAAAGUAACAUUUCUCAUCCUGGCAAGCUGCAUGCACGCAGGCGCGAGGAUUGUACGAGUCUCGUGGAAACAAGGAAGCUCAGAUGUGUCUGAUCUCGGGGAAUGGGAUAUCCAAGUUCUGGCCCAGUUCACCGAGCAUGAAAGCAUGAAUUACGCUUCAGGCGUGUGGAAAAGUGCAGAUACAAAUUCGUCCGAGGUGGUCUGCGUCUCGAGCAGUUUCUACGAUAAGAGGCUAUGUUUAUGGAAAGUGCAAAAUUGA